AUGAAACUUCUUGGAGCAUAUCAAAGAUUAAAGCCAUAUGUUGAGAGAGAACUUGGCUUAUGUCUUAAAGUAGAACAUCGUUUCGUUUGUUCAUUUUGUUUUGAAAUAUGCUCGACUAUUAAUAGACUUAGUCAACAUUAUGCCAUUCAUGGAUAUUUUUCGGAGCCAAAGGAGAGCAAUUUAGUUGUGGGAGAGAAAUUAGAAAGAAAAACAAGCAACCCACCAUCUAAAAUAUGCAGCAUUUGUACUUUAAGCUUCAAGAGCGCAAAAACACUCUCAAAACAUAUUAAAAGUGUUCAUCAUAAAUUAAAAUCAUUUAUGUGUACAAUAUGCUCGAAGAAUUUCUCUCGAAAGGCAGCGUUAGAUAUUCAUUUACGUCAACAUUCGUCAGAUGAAAGUGCAAAAAUUCUCGCUUGCGUUCAUCCACAAUGCACAUUCAAAGCGUUCGAUCCUAGCGUCCUAUCGAAGCAUAAGAAAAUUCAUAUAAAAUCCAAUAAGGGAAAAUAUGCUUGUCUUGCUGAUGAUUGUGAUUAUUAUGCUAUCCAAGCAACUGGAUUAAAAAAUCACGUUCUGUCCAAGCAUCCUCAAUUGUAUGAGACGAUGAAAUGUUCAUAUCCUCAAUGUAAAUUUGUGUCAGUGAACUCUGAGAGAUUAGCGAAGCAUAUGAAUGAUCACGAGAAAGGUUUGUUGGAUAUUAAUGAGGAAUCGCAAAGAAAUGAAGAAUCUCGCAAUGCAGCUUUACAUUCGAAUAUUGAGGCAAUGAUUUAA